CCGGUCAGCGCUGCAUGAUGCAGACUGAAGAGGAGAGAAAGGAUGAAGAGAAGGAGGAGGAGAGAAAGGAGGAGCGAGAACAGGAACAGACUGCCUGAGCCACACAGCGCUCAGUCUCUUCUCAGAGCUUCGCAGAGAAGCUCGUCUUUGCCUUUUUGUAAUCUUUCAUCGACAACAUCGACAUCUAAUCUUUUGGCCCGAACCUGACGACGUUUAGGGAAGCGGGCAGAAGGGUCUUACUUUUCCGUCUGCACCAUGUUACCCUGGAGGAGGAAUAAGUUUGUGUUGGUGGAGGAGGAUGCCAAAACUAAGCCCAAGAGUCUGGGGACGGGGCUGACCUACCAGUCUAUCCUCUCCUCUCUGCUGCGCUCCUGUCCUGACUUGAUCCCCGACUGCCCCUUCGACUGGGUGGGCAGCAUCUUUCACACCAAACGCCAGAAGGUGGAACUGAACAAAGAGGAGCCCGUCUACAACGUGCGUUACCUCGGCAGCGUGGUCACCAUCACGGCAAAGGGAGAAGGCUGCACCCAGGAGGCGGUGGCCAAGAUCUGGGCGAGGAGCAACUACGGGGAGCAGAGCGUCAAGAUGAGGUUGACGGUGGGGUCGCAGGGCAUCCGCAUGAGCGCCGACAAAUCCGGGAAGAAGAAACCCGUCCACCUCUACUCGCUGAACAGGAUCACCCACUGCGCGGCCGACCCGUGCCGGCCCAAGGUCCUGGCCUGGAUCUACAGGCACCAGGUGAAGAACAUGGCGGUGGUCCUCCGGUGUCACGCCGUGCUGGUCAGCAAGUCGGAGAAAGCCCAAGCCAUCGCCCUCAGCCUCUACCAGAACGCCACCUCCGCUUUCAGCGAAUUCAAGCGGCUGAAGCGCCAGAGCGACUUCAGGCACCGCCAGCAGCAGCUGCUGGGCGAGGAGGCGGUGCCGCUGAUGCCACUGAGGAGGCUGCUGAACGGGCAGUGCCACUACAGGCCGCCGGCGGAAAACCCCGGCACCACCGUCCGCCUCUGGUCCAUCACGGAGGAAGAAGAGGAGGAGGAGGAGGAGGAGGACAGCAGAAAUGAAAAGGAGAAGGAGAAAGAAGUGGAAGAGGCGCAGAAGGAGAAGCAGAGGGUUCUGACAACAAACACUGACCCGACUCAACUGCUGUCGGAGCUGGACAUCGGGGACAUCGCCCGACUGGAGCAGUGCCAGAUCAACUUCGUCAGCGACAGCAACAACAACACGUUUACAUUCAUAACCUCUCUGGUGUGACUGUGACGCAAUUUCCCGAGAGCAGCUCUCCAACUUCGACCAGACAUUCCUCUCUUUGCCCUCCGCCGGCGCCCCUCUCAGGCUCCCUCUCCGCGUCCGCGUCGGCGCAACGCGAAGACGUUUGUUUUCACCAGAAACUUCUCCCGCCGCCGGGCGGAGGAGACUGCGCGGUCCCUCCUGGGGAGCGAGCAUUUUUCUUUCUUCCCAGACGGCUGUAGCAGUUUAGGGAACUGCUUGUUUACACUCGAGGGCUUUUGGCGGGCAACGCACAGACCGACGACAGCACAAUGACGAACGAGGACAGUCGUUACGGAAAACACCGGAGCACCAACAGCGCAGAGGUGGCUGAUGUGGGUCACCUACCGACUGAAGCAGGAGAAUCUUCUUGCAUCUUGUUCUUCUUUCUUGUUUUUUUUUUCUUUUGUUUUUAAGUGAGGAAAAUCAAAGCCGUGUUUGCCAGCAGGGACUUCUAAUAGCUUUUCAGGGAGGUUCUUUGUAAAUUUGUACAUUUUUCUAUGCGGACAAUCCUCACUGAAGUGUUUAUUAUGCUUUUACCAAUGGUCAUGGAGGAAUAACUACUAAGGCUAUAAUUCAGGAGGGAAGCCAUUGAGUUGAAAUCUAUAUUCCUGCCGUUUAUUACAGCCCUUUUCGUGCAUGGACAAGCUUUCCAUCCUCCGUUUUUUCAUCUCUGAUCCUUCAGCUUUCGAGAAUUAACACUGUGAUAAAAAUGUACGACCAGGGGAAUAUCCAGAACUUUUACAUGCAGCACCAUGCAGCUUAUGUGAUGUAUUUUUAAUGUGUUAGUAUAUCAGUGUUUUUCUGUGUCAUCACUGCACCCCUGUUAAGUUUAGCGAACGCAAUUUAUUUUCCACAAGCCCUUGCAAAAAUGGAGAUGGACCCUUGAGACUUGAUACAAUCUGUUUUCAAAGAUAAGCUUUCCUAACUGUGCUCCAUGUGUGCUACUGUCUCCAGAUGCUUUGUGAUAACUAUGAGAUAAAGCGAUUUAUUUUCCAAACAAGAUGAAUAAAAGCUGAGCUCAC